GCAUGCGUUCCUUUUUUGGAGUUCACCGUGACUUCGCUCAUGAAAACCAUCCAAAUACAGGCAAGGGCUUCGAGAUCCCGCAUGGCACUGCAUGGUUGAGCGACCCAGGACCCAUGCUAAGUCCCAAGGAGCAAAAGGAGGAGCGUUCCACAUCAGCCUUCGCCUCUUUGGCGAAUGCGGCGAGCUCCUUCCUUCCCAACUUCUCGUCAGGAGACGACGCUGAGCAGAAGGAGCAGUCCAGCCGAAGGAAUAGCAGAAACGAGGAGACGGUGGCUUCCCCCCGCUCCAACGGACAGACGCGCCCUUUGUCGGGGUCGACCGAAGCGGAAGUCACCGCGUCACCGGCCGUCACCUUGCCUUUGCCGCCUAAUGCUUCGGCCCAUGGCAGUCCGUUGGGUGCCGGACGCCCGGACAGCUCAGAUGGCGAGGUCAGUCCCACUCAGGGCAAGUCUGCCCCGACGCCUCAAGCUGGAGCACGUGAAGGAGAGCGAGGCUAUGAGCCGGCAGGUGCAGGGCCGACCUUCGCGGAUCAGCUGGCCGGGGCCACGCAGCGGGCUCCACAGAGGUUGGCCGAACGGCUACUUGAACAGCUCAAGCACGAUUGUUUGGAGGAGGCGUCCAAGGGCCAAAGCAGCUACACUUGGGACAUGCAGCUCCCUUCGAACAGCCGUUCCUUUAUGCAUCAGGUAGCGCGUUCCUUUGCUUCUCGAGUGGAAGCCUUAGGCUUUGAACAAGUGGAGUGGUGGAACGGACGUGAAUGGAGCAAGCAGAGCCGUCAGUACCACAUCAUUCACGACCCGGUCUACGAAAAGUACCAUAUGAAGAUCCGUGUGAGGUGGUUAGACAGGCCUCGGGCGACCGAAGCGGAGGAGGCUGCCAGGCGCCCCCCAUCCACUUCAGUCAGCGAUAGUGUUGUGGAGCAGUUCAAGCAGUUGUUGGACUUGCAAAGGCAAUUCAUGGAACAUCAACUGGCGCAGGUCGAGAAUGGGCAAAUGUCAAAGUCUGACAAGAGCAACCUCCCGGCUGCGCCUGAGCUUUCGGGUUGUUUGCUUUGAUGGCCGGCGCCGGGUGAAAUCGCCAGGGGCGGCAGCACAGUCGGUUGUGUGAA